AGAUGGUUAAUUGUUUGACCCCAAAGUAAGGAGAGGAGAUGAGUGAGGUAUCAACAUUGAGGGCCUCGAUCUGUGUGUCUGUGUGUGUUUUGAUUUGAUCUGAUCUAAGCAAUUUUUCCUCCGCAAAGGAGGGGGACAAAGAAAGAAACGACACACCUACCAUACCAAGUUGACUCUUUCCUUAAUAAUUUCCAAUCAUGGUCACACGCCUUUUCUUCGACAACAAGAACCUGUUCUGAAACCUUGCGUUUCCCAAUAACAUCUGUCACUCACUCCCAUUUGGAUAACCAUUUCCUUAUUUUUAGAAAACUCCCUGUUUAAGGAAAAACAACCUCUCCCGUCUUCAUCGUCGUUGUAAAUGGUUUUGCAUCCAUCAGGUUGAUGGAGGAGGUUUGAUUUCAUCAUCAAUCUUCUCCUAUAUACCACAAACGCCAUUUCCCUUUCUGGGUUUUGCUCAUUUCAGGGAAAAGUUACAAACUUUUGAGGUGGGGUUGUGUGAUUUUGAUCUUUUUUUUAUAUGGGGUGGUGGGUGGUGUGAAUCUUAUUGUGCAUUGGGAAGAUUUGGAAGCUGGUUUUAUUUCUUCAAGUUUUGUUCUUUAAAUGAUGGAAUCUUUGGAAAGUUGAUUGUCAGGUGCAAGGGAUCUAUUUGGCAAAUUGGAAUAUAAAUUCUUUCAGAGUUUGUGAGUCAGCGAUUCACUGAUUGCCCAGGCUUGAAGGUUUUUGGACAAAACUAUUGGAACCCCUCUCUCUCUUUUUGUGUGUCUCUCAUGAGUCAUGUGAGGAUAAUGGUCUUUUAUUGAGUUGCUGUUAGAUUGGUAAUGGAAUGAAAACAUUGAUAGAGAAGAUCUCUACAAUAAGUCCCUUCCCUAUCAGAGGUUCGGAUUGAUUAAGGUUUGGUGAUUUCAUGUGUUGUCCAACAGAGAAAUUGGGGUCUGUUGUCAGGUUGUCAAUGUGAAGGAACCCUGAUUCCAAUUUACUGAAUUGUUGUUAGUUGUUGAGUUGAUUUCUGAGGGUCAUGAAAUUUCUAAGCCUGGUGGGGAAUUCAUUUGGAUGUUCUGCAUCUGGGGAGCGGCUAGUUUCUGCUGCAAGAGAUGGAGAUGUUCAAGAGGCAAAGGCCUUAUUGGAUUAUAAUCCCCGUCUUGGGAGGUAUUCGACUUUUGGAGUUCGCAAUUCGCCCUUACAUUACUCUGCAGCUCAUGGCCACCAUGAGAUAGUGUAUCUCUUGCUUGAGUCCGGAGUCGAUAUCAAUCUCAGGAAUUAUCGCGGUCAGACUGCAUUGAUGCAAGCUUGUCAACAUGGUCACUGGGAGGUGGUUCAGACCCUGAUUAUUUUUAAUGCCAAUAUUCACAAAGCAGACUACCUGAAUGGAGGUACUGCUCUCCACUUGGCUGCUCUAAAUGGCCAUACAAGGUGCAUUCGGCUUAUCCUCGCAGACUAUAUACCUAGCAACCCUGACUUUUGGACUAUGUUACAGAGUGAUGAUCAUGAAUCAAUCUCUGAAUUUGAUCAAAGUGCUCUUUGCGAGAUAAUUAACAGAACUUCUGAUGGAGGCAUCACUGCACUGCAUAUGGCAGCAUUGAAUGGGCAUGUUGAAAGUGUGCAGUUACUCUUAGACUUGGGAGCGUCUGUGUCUGAGGUUACUGUAGAGGAUGGAACUACCAUUGAUUUAAUUGGUUCAGGGAGCACUCCGCUCCAUUAUGCUGCAUGUGGUGGAAAUGCACAAUGCUGUCAACUUCUGAUUGCAAAGGGUGCCAGUCUGACGGAUGAGAAUGCAAAUGGAUGGACCCCUGUGAUGGUUGCUCGUUCAUGGAAUAGAAACUGGCUUGAGGAUAUUUUAAAAACACCCCCAGCAGACCAUUUACAAGUUCUUCCUUCACCAUAUCUAUCUCUCCCACUUAUGAGCAUUGUAACAAUUGCUAGAGAAUGUGGAUGGAGGAUGAGUGAAUUAGCACCAACAUGCUUAGAUCCAUGUGCUGUUUGUUUGGAAAGGAAAUGUAUGGUCUCUGUAGAAGGUUGUGAUCACGAGUUCUGCACACAAUGUGCCUUGUAUCUUUGUUCUACAAACUCUACCUCAACAACAACUACUCACGGCCCUCCAGGUUCAAUUGCCUGUCCUCUCUGCCGGCACGGCAUAGUCUCGUUUGCAAAGCUUCCAGACACAAGGCCAUUGCCAAAGGAAAUGCAGAGGACAACAAACUUGUCCUUAACAUUUUGCACUUGUUCAAGUGAGGUGCUAGGGGAUGCUGACAUGACAACCCCAUUUUGCAAACCAACUUCUUCCCGCGGAUCCAAAUCUUCUUCUCCUUCAAGAUCAUUUCGCUCCAUGAGCUGCCAGAGCCGGUUCUCCUCAUUCAGAAUCAACCCUAGUCUUUGCUUGGGAGCAGAUGUUAGCCCUUCCUUGGUUCCUUGCAGCAGGAGCCUGAGGAACAACUUGGCAAGGUGUUCUGGUUCUGGUUUUCGGCGAUCGUCUUCUCAAACGGAGAGAAGGAAGUCGUGGUUUUGCUCGCUCAACCAAUCUGUUGCCACUGGCAGUGGAUGUUAAUUUAUUUUUAUAACAUGUUUGGACCGACUACUCUUUUCUCAGAAAUCAAUUCUGAAAACCAGAAGCUGCUAGUCACGGAAACUUCUCACCAGAAUUGAUUUUGACUCAGAAUCAAUUAUAGAAAGAUUUUCAAACAUGACCUUAGUUUUUUUAUCAUGCUUUUCAAUGAUCACGCCUAUACAAAUGCAAUCUCAUGUUCAUGAUUCCUAAUAUCAUCCCGUGUUGACACA